UUAUUAUGAAGAUGUGUUCAGCAGUUUUCCAAAACAUAAUAAAAUUUAAAAAUUAAAAUUAUUGUAGUUAAAUCAUUGAUAAUAGUUAAGAUAAUUCAAAUGUUUGUUAUUAAUGUGGCACACUUUCUGUACCGUGCUGAAGAUCCAGCUGCACUUGGUGUGGCACGAUUCUUUUAUGGCCUUAUAAUGCUGAUUGACAUAUUUGAAGAAAGAGGUCUCCAUUCAUUAGAACAAAGAUAUGGUGAUCCUGAUUUAUGUAUAUUUCCACUGUUCAAUGAUAUGCCUGUUUUUCCUCUUGAAUAUUUAUAUGCUAUGUAUUUGGUUAUGAUUUUGUGCUCAAUUGGUAUAAUGUUGGGUUUCAUGUUCAAACUUUCUUGUUUUGGAUUUACAGUUAUAUAUUGGUAUUUUUUUUUCUUAAAUAAAACCACAUGGAACAAUCAUUCAUACUUAUAUGGUUUGCUAAGCAUUUUGUGGCUUUUUAGCAAUGCUAAUUUUUAUUGGUCUGUUGAUAGUUUAAUAUGGCCAUCUAUUUAUAACAAACAAGUCCCACGUCUCAAUUACUUUAUUAUAAAGUUUCAGUUGUUCAUACUUUACUUCUAUGCUGGUAUUAAAAAGUUAGAUGCUGAUUGGACAAGUGGUUAUUCAAUGGCAGGUCUUGGAAAAUCCUGGGUCUUUGAUCCGUUUCACUUUUUUUUUUCAGAUGAAACAGUUGAUUAUUUAUUUGUUCAUAUUGGUGGUUUAGUAUUUGAUCUGUCUGUUGGCUUUUUAUUUCUUUAUGACAAGACAAGACCAUUAGGUUACUUCCUUGCUUAUUUUUUCCAUGGUAUGAAUGCAAUCAUCUUUAAUAUUGGGAUGUUCUCUUACAUGUGUAUGGCAAUGAUUCCAAUAUUUUCCGCACCAAACUGGCCCAAAAAAAUAAUUGGAAAAACACCUUGGUUUAUAAGGUUGUUACUACCAACUUGUAGUUCAGCUCAAGAAAAUGUUGAAUGCACAAACACCAAAACAACACAUCAUACUGAAACUUUAAAAAACAUUACUAGCUUUAAAAAUGAAAAAGAUUGUGAUUGGUCAUUUACAAUGAAUAAAGCAUUUAAAUGUAUCUUUUUUACUUUUUAUGUUGCUAUACAACUCUUCCUACCCUUUUCUCAUUCAAUCACAAAGGGAUAUAAUUCUUGGACAGAUGGUUUGUAUGGGUAUUCAUGGGACAUGAUGGUUCAUUCAUGGAACACGCAACAUGUGGUAGUCAAAGUUAUUGACGAUGUCACUGGAGAAAAGCAAUAUCUUCGACCAGGAGCAUUUACAAGCUCAAAGAGCCGAAUCUUCUCGCAUCCCGAUAUGAUAAAGCAGUAUGCUACAUGUUUAUCUAAAAGAUUGACUGAAGUUCCUGAUCUAAAUAUAACUAGUCCAAAGAUUUACUUUGAUGUUUGGACAUCACUAAAUAAACGUUAUCAGCAAAGAAGACUUGACCCACGCGUUGAUUUAGUUAAAGCACCAUGGUCCCCAACAAAGGAUACUCCCUGGUUAAUGCCCCUGCUUGUAGAACUUUCACCAUGGCGUGCACGAUUAGAAGAAUUAAAAAAAGUAAGCUCUGAGAAAAACUAUUCAGAUGUUGUCUUUGUUGCUGAUUUUCCAGGUUUAUCUCUUGAAAACUUUAUAGCUGAAGAUAUUGAAGCUAACAUUACUGUUUUAAGUGGUUUGGUUGUUAUUGAGGCAAAUGGUAAAAACGUUACACUUGCUGCUAACGAAACUUUAUCUCUUCCUGAAAAUGAUACCCACAUAGUUUAUACAAUUUCCAAAACUCCAUCUUGUUAUAUGUAUAUAUCACACAACAAAACAUGGGUAAAUAUGACAGAUGAUGACUUCAUUAACAGUGAUGAAGAACUUAAGAAAUCCAAAUUAGCAAAGGAAGAAUGGAAGUCGAAGACGAUUUUUGAAAAGUUGUUGUGGUUUUUAAAUAAAAAAUAUCGUUUAUAUAAACAAGAUGUGUAUCAGAUUUAUUUUGCAAUGAAAAUGAUAAUUGAUAUGGGUACAACUGUAGACGAUAAAGUACUUAAGAACGAUGAACUUUAGCUUUUGUUUUUAAAUUUUUAUAAAUUGG